CCCUCCCAUUCCCCCUCCCUUUGCGGCCGUCCGCGGCUGUAGACGUCACUUGUUAUGUCUCCUCCGGCUCGGGCUCUGCUCCGCCGCGGGGAGGCGACGACGACGACAGGGCACGCGGAAGCCCAGCCAAGUCACCGCCAGCGGUCCCCGCAGAAGUAGGACCGCCGUCUGCCCGUGAAGGGGACUUGAGGGACUCUCUUCUGAGAGUCGAAAAUCCACACACAGGAAAGAUGUGGCUGAAACUGUUUUUCCUGCUUCUUUAUUUUUUGGUCUUGUUUAUUCUGGCCCGGUUUUUUGAAGCCGUUGUAUGGUAUGAAACUGGCUUCUUUGCCACUCAGUUGGUCGACCCAGUGGCACUGAGCUUUAAAAAGCUGAAGACCAUUUUGGAAUGCAGGGGACUUGGGUACUCGGGGCUCCUGGAAAAAAAAGAUGUCAGAGAGCUGGUUGAGAAAUCAGGAGAUCUUAUGGAAGGUGAACUUUAUUCUGCUCUCAAGGAAGAGGAAGCCUCUGAAUCUGUUUCCAGUACAAACUUUAGUGGUGAAAUGCACUUUUAUGAGUUGGUAGAGGACACAAAAGAUGGCAUCUGGCUAGUACAGGUCAUAGCAAAUGACAGGAGUCCUUUAAUGGGAAAAGUCCACUGGGAGAAAAUGGUGAAGAAAGUAUCAAGGUUUGGUAUACGUACGGGCACUUUUAAUUGUUCCAGUGACCCCAGAUAUUGCAGAAGAAGAGGUUGGAUAAGGUCUACGUUAAUUAUGUCAGUUCCACAAACAAGUACAUCCAAAGGGAAGGUAAUGCUUAAAGAAUAUAGUGGACGUAAAAUUGAAACGGAACAUAUUUUCAAAUGGAUAACAGCCCAUGCUGCUUCUCGAAUCAAAACAAUAUUCAAAUCAGAACACUUGAAAGAAGAAUGGAAUAAAAGUUACCAGUAUAGAGUGAAAAUAUAUUUGUUUGCUAAAUUAGAUCAACCUCCAGCUUUCUUUUCUGCACUAAGUGUGAAAUUUACUGGCAGAGUUGAGUUUAUUUUUGUGAAUGUAGAAAACUGGGACAACAAAAGUCACAUUACGGAAAUGGGCAUCUAUAAGACACCAUCUUAUAUUCUUAGAACUCCUGAAGGUAUUUACAGGUAUGGAAACAACACUGGUGAAUUUAUAUCUCUUUAUGCUAUGGACUCCUUCUUGCGAUCUUUGCAACCUGAAGUUAAUGAUUUAUUUGUGUUAAGUUUAGUUUUAGUUAAUUUGAUGGCAUGGAUGGACUUAUUUAUCACCCAAGGUGCUACUAUAAAGCGCUUUGUUGUUCUUAUAAGCACUCUAGGGACUUACAAUUCUCUUUUAAUCAUUUCCUGGCUACCAGUUCUGGGGUUUUUGCAAUUACCUUAUUUAGAUAGUUUCUAUGAAUAUAGUUUAAAACUGUUCCGUUACUCUAAUACAACAACUCUCGCUUCCUGGGUAAGAGCUGACUGGAUGUUCUACUCAUCACACCCUGCCUUGUUCCUCAGCACAUAUCUGGGACAUGGUUUAUUAAUUGAUUAUUUUGAGAAAAAAAGACGACAUAAUAACAGUGAUGAAAUAAAUGCCAAUAACUUAGAGUGGCUGUCAAGCCUUUGGGACUGGUACACCAAUUAUCUAUUCCAUCCAAUCACAUCUUUUCAGCAUUUCCCCUUUGAAUCUGACUGGGAUGAAGACCCAGAUCUCUUUCUUGAUCGCUUAGCUUUCCCUGAUUUGUGGCUUCAUCCUCUGAUACCAACUGAUUAUAUCAAAAAUUUACCUAUAUGGCGAUUUAAAUGUUUUGAUGGACAUUCAGAAGAGGAAAUGAUGGAACUCUCCCAAAGUGAAAAUGACUCAGAUAGUGAAUGCAAAGAUGUUCCAAACAAUGAUAAAAAGCUAUUUGAGGAUGAGAGAAGAACCCUUCUAAAUCCUUGUGAAGGAGAAAUUUUUUGCAAUGCUGAGACCUGUUCAUGUGCCAAAGCCAAAUCGUAUGAAUCAUACAGUACUAGAGAUGAUUUGGAGCCUGACUGGUCAGAUUGGCCAGUUGGCAUGUUGCACUGUACCGAAUGUGUUGUAUGUCUAGAGAAUUUCAUAAAUGGGUGUCUGUUAAUGGGCUUACCAUGUGGCCAUGUCUUUCACCAGAAUUGCAUUGUGGUGUGGCUAGUAGGGGGGCGACAUUGCUGCCCUGUCUGCAGAUGGGUAUCUUACAAGAAAAAGAAGCCAUAUGUACAUCAUCAGCUUAUAUCGAAUCACAGCCUGUCUUAACUGUAUACUAAUAAUGUUCCUUUGUAACUUCUUAUGUAUUACUGCUUGCCAUUUAAAUGUUAGUCACAAACAGACGGUGUGGUUUGAAAUUUAGUUUAAAUGUUAGUGCAGUGAAGUAAAAUAAACAUGAUGCUAAUGUUGAUGACAGAAUCAUUUGGUUGCCUUGUAUGUUGAAAUAAUGAAUACGUGUUAGUAAAGUUAUAGCUUUCUUACAACAUUUGAACAUUUAAAUUAAUAUUUUUUGUUUGCAUUCAUUGCAAGCACAAAAACCAGAUGUUUGUCAACAAAAGUAUACUUCUGCAAAUGUUUAACAUAAUAAGAUUUGGGGGAACACAGAAAUUUCCACAAAAAAUAAUUGUUUUAUGUAUGUUUCUUUUGGGGGUUUUUUCAGCAUACCUCUGUUGAAUAAUGUAUUAUUUGUGAGCAUACAUUUAAAAACAAAUUCACAAAAAUAAAUUAUUUUGAAAGAGCAAUAAUUUGCAAUAUUA